CACCGCGCGACGCGGAGAGCGCCAGUGCAGAGCCCGCUAAGGCCAUGGCCCCUCGGCGCCUCCUGUUGGUUGGGGAAGGGAAUUUCUCUUUUGCCGCCGCUCUGAGCGACACCCUGGAUCCCAGCACUAGUCUAACCGCCACGUGCCUCCAGCACCCAACUGACUUAGCCCGGGAUCCCGUGGCCCAGGAGAACCUACUGCGCCUGCGCACACGAGGUGCCGUGGUACGUUUCGGUGUGGACUGCACCCAACUGGCUCAUGCCUUUGGACCACACGACCGGCAGUUUGAUCGAAUUUAUUUUAACUUUCCACACUGUGGACGCAAGGCUGGAGUAGCUAAGAACAGGGAACUGCUUGCCAAGUUUUUCCAGAGCUGUUCAGAUGUCCUUGCAAAGGAAGGAGAAGUCCAUGUGGCAUUGUGCAGAGGACAAGGUGGGACUCCUGCUGAUAAUCCCCAGAGAGAAUGGCAGAACAGUUGGCAAGUGGUUGCCAUGGCCGCCCAGGGGGGGCUCAUUUUAAGUGAUGUGCAUCUCUUUGACUGUGAGGCUAUGCCAGGGUACAAGUGCACUGGAUAUAGGAGUCAGGAUAAAUCAUUUCAUGUAGAAGGUGCUUUGAACCAUGUCUUCACUAAGAGCUUACCUUUGGAAGGUUUUCAACCCAGAAAAUUCAGAAUCAACCUGGGAAGCCAAUGGUUUUCCUUUGCAGAACCAGAGGCACUUGCAGGAAAGUUAAACAGGGGUUUCCUAGAAGCAUCUUCCUGUCAUCCUGUCAAAAUCGUGAAUGAGAAACUCAUUGCUGAAAUGGGCACUGCUUUUCCUCUGAAAAGGCUAGAGUGUUCCUUUCCUUUGUUUCCACCAGGAGGCACCAGUGUUCUCCCUUCUGGAAUCUGUGACAUUCCCUCUCCCUUUUGGGUUAUUCUCCAUGAAGAGAACCCCGAUUCUGAAUACCUGACUAGUGAAACAGCACUAGAAAUGAAGGACUUCCUAGUGUCAUUUUCAGAAUUAAGCCUUCCCCAGCAUCCUAGAAGAGAUGGUAAUGAAGCAGCUCAUAAAGGGAUCUGUGGACCCGCCAAGGUCUGCCUUAGAUCUUCUCUCCUAGUUCAUGUUCAAGCUGUCAUCCAGGCACCAGACUUCCUCCCAGGUUCUCUGCAUAUCCUCAGUGGACCCGUCUUUCAAAAGUGCCACAUUUUGCCUUUCUCAAUGCCAGCAUUUCAUGAGACUUUAUUUAUCCUGGGGUUUAAUAAAAAUCUGGAUGCUAGCUGCCUUUCACCCCUGCUGGAUCACCUCAAGGGCAUUCUGGAUAGCUUGAGCCAGACAUUGCUGGAGGAAUCCAAGAGGAGCAGUUCAGUGGAAUUUGUUAUUCAACCAAAUGGAAAAGAUUAUAGAAUUCAUGCAAAGUCUCAUAGUUUUGGCCCAGGUUGUACCAAGAAUCUGAUUAUUGGCUCUGUCAUCACAUUUGUUACAAGUGUUACAUGUAAAGAUCAGUGUUUUGUGUUUGUGUCUAUAAACUUGGACUUAUUAGCUAUGCUUGUCUGGGAUAUUUCUGAUUGGAGAAUAUUGUGGACUUUUGAUAACCGUUUUCUGAAAAACUUUGUCCCUGGAAAAAUAGAACCCUUUAAAAGCUAUUCAUUGUAUCCUCCAUGCUAUGUGCAUGAUAUUAGUUUUUGGUUAGAUGAAAAGAAAGGAUUUGAUGAGCUAGAGUUUCACACUGUAGCCCGAGCAGUAUCCCAGGACACUGUUAUUUCCAUACAACUCCUUGAUCGUUUUCAGCAUCCAAAAACUGAACAAGUCAGUCUUUGCUAUAGGUUGACCUACCAGACCUGUGACAAGGCACUUCCACAGCAGCAGGUGGCAUUAAUGCAGUCUCAGUUUAGAAAAGAGAUUCAACAACAACUACAUGUGAUACUUCGUUAGGUUAAAUUCAUUCCUAUAUAUGACCCUCAUUGUAUGUGGAUGGAAAAGAACAAAUUGUAACCAGUAUUCCUUUCUGAACACUGUGUGUUUUGUAAGUACUUUUUCUUUGUUACUGUUGUUGGUUGGCCCUGAAGUUACCUGUAUGACUGUCAUUUAGACUGAUGUGGUUGGUGACCCUUGAAGCUGUACAGUGUUUUGGUCCUGAAUAGUGACUGAAACAGCAAACCAAACAAUGUCUUAUACUUUAGAGGUUCUGUUGUUGAAGAGGCAGUGGAUCAUGGAUAUCUUAUCAAAUAUAUUUGUAUUUCCACAUUGUCAGUUCCUCUAUCAUCUCACCACAUUUAUGAGAGUGUUUUCUUUUUCCAUUUAUUAUUUAUUUUUAUUUGAGUGAGUGAGUGAGAGAGAGAGAAUGGCUCCAGGGCAUCUAGCCAUUGAAAACUCUAGAUACAUAUGUCACCUUCUGCAUCUGGUUACAUGGGUACUGGGGAAUUGAAUCUAGGUCCCCAGGCUUCACAGGCAAGGGCCUUAACCACUAAGCCAUCUAGGAGAGUGUUUUUUGGAGUUAGACCAACACUUAUUAGCUUGGUAUAUUGCAAGUGCUUAUAAUUGGUGCCACUGUCACCACACUGUUGGAUUUUAACAUGACUUUUAUUGAGGUCAAAACUUGCAAAACGUGGGCUGGAGAGAUGGCUUAGCGGUUAAGCGCUUGCUUGUGAAGCCUAAGGACCCCAGAUCGAGGCUCGGUUCCCCAGGUCCCACGUUAGCCAGAUG